AUGGCUGCACAACAACAAGAACUAGAUGAGAAGAACCCAUUCUAUGAGUUAGUUGUUAUUUGUAGUACUUCUGGUCAAUUCGAUCAAACCGUAAAUUCGUUCAAAGAUAUUAUAAAGAAGUCUAAGUUAGUAUGUAUAAAGGAUACUGAGUUGUUAGAUUGGAUAAAGAAGUACCAAAGAAGAGUUUUGAAGUAUAAUGCUAUAAAUGAGUAUAUAAAUUCGAAGUUUAAAGACCCAAAUGAGGAAAUGCAGAGAAUAUUAGAGAAGAAACACUUCAGAAACAAACAGAAAGAGAUAGAAUACAUUUCGAAGAAAUUGCAAUCUUACGAUUGGAAGACAUACCCUCAUAGGUGUCUUCUUAUCUUAGAUGAUUUCGCCUCUCAUCCUUUGUUAAAGAAUAGAGAACAAGACAUGUGUCGAAUUCUUAAGAAGCUCAGACACUUUAACAUCUCAGUCGUAAUAUGUGUACAGACAGCAAAGAGUUUAAGUAAGGAUGUUAAAAGAAUACUUACUGACAUUAUACUUUUCCCUGGAUUGUCCGAAGACGAUUUCAUGGAACUUAUGAAAGAGUCCAUGGCAGGUAAGUUUGACAGACAUGAACUAUGGGAGAAGUACAAAGUCAUACAAGACCCUCAUACUUCUUUCAGAAUUCAUAUCUACGCAAACAAAGUUCAAAUUGUAAAAAGUCAAGCUUGA